ACUCAACAGAUCUUUCAUCUUUCUCGUGCUUUUUCAUUCCCAAUAAUUCCUUCCCUUCCCUCCCUGGAACCAAGGAUUCUGCAGAUGUCUCCGUUUCCAUCGGAAAACGGUGUCGAAGGAGACGACGAGAGAGAAGAAGAAGAGGACGACGAGGUAGAAGAUGAUGAAGAGGAGGAGGAAGACGAAGAAGAGCCGAGGCUAAAAUACCAGAGAAUGGGAGGCAGCAUCCCCUCCUUGAUGUCCAGUGAUGCCGCAUCGUGUAUUGCCGUCGCCGAGCGCAUGAUCGCGCUCGGCACACAGGGCGGAGCUGUUCAUAUCCUCGAUUUUUUAGGGAAUCAGGUUAAGGAAUUCCCUGCUCACUCAGCUGCAGUAAAUGACCUAAGCUUUGAUCUAGAUGGUGAAUAUGUUGGAAGCUGUUCUGAUGAUGGGACUGUUGUGAUAAACAGCCUCUUCACAGAUGAGAAAAUGAAGUUCAAUUAUCACCGUCCAAUGAAGGCCAUUGCUCUGGACCCAGAUUAUGCUAGAAAGGCAUCUAGAAGAUUUGUAGCUGGUGGUUUAGCAGGUCACUUGUUUUUUAAUUCAAAGAAGUGGCUUGGCUACAAGGACCAGGUUUUGCACUCUGGUGAAGGUCCAAUCCACACAGUGAAAUGGAGAACAAGUCUCAUUGCUUGGGCUAAUGAUGCUGGUGUAAAAGUUUAUGAUGCUGCCAAUGAUCAGCGCAUUACAUUCAUUGAAAGACCAAGAGGCAGUCCACGCCCAGAGAUUUUGCUCCCACAUUUAGUUUGGCAGGAUGAUACUCUAUUGGUAAUUGGAUGGGGAACAUCUAUAAAAAUUGCAUCAAUAAGGACUAGUCAGCAUAAAGGAGCAAAUGGAACAUAUAGACAGGUUGCUAUGGCUAGCACAAACCAAGUGGAUAUUGUAGCAUCUUUUCAGACCAGCUAUUAUAUUUCAGGAGUUGCCCCAUUUGGUGAUGCAUUGGUUGUUCUAGCUUACAUCCCUGUGGAAGAAGAUGGGGAGAGAGAAUUUAGCAGUGCUGUGCCAUUACGACUGGGGAAUGCACAGAGGCCAGAAGUUCGCAUUGUAACUUGGAACAAUGAUGAACUUUCAACUGAUGCCCUACCUGUGCAUGGCUUUGAACGCUACAAGGCAAAGGACUACUCCCUUGCUCAUGCUCCUUUCUCAGGCAGCAGCUAUGCUGGUGGUCAGUGGGCAGCUGGUGAUGAACCAUUAUACUAUAUUGUAUCACCCAAGGAUGUUGUCAUCGCAAAACCCAGGGAUGCUGAAGACCAUAUUGCAUGGCUUCUUCAACAUGGUUGGCAUGAAAAAGCUUUGGCAGCAGUUGAGGCUGGUCAGGGAAGGAGUGAACUCCUUGAUGAGGUGGGAUCUAGAUACCUUGAUCACUUGAUUGUGGAAAGGAAAUAUGCUGAAGCUGCAUCGUUAUGUCCCAAAUUGUUGCGAGGGUCUGCUUCAGCAUGGGAGAGAUGGGUUUUCCAUUUUGCUCAUCUUCGCCAACUUCCUGUAUUGGUUCCAUAUAUACCAACAGAAAACCCAAGACUGCGUGAUACUGCUUAUGAGGUUGCUCUUGUGGCCCUCGCAACAAAUCCAUCUUUCCAUAAAGAUCUUCUGUCAACUGUUAAAACUUGGCCACCUGUUAUUUAUUCUGCAUUGCCUGUUAUUUCUGCCAUAGAGCCUCAGUUAAAUACUUCAUCAAUGACUGAAGCCCUUAAAGAGGCCCUGGCAGAGUUGUAUGUGAUUGAUGGGCAAUAUGAGAAAGCUUUUUCACUAUAUGCUGAUCUAAUGAAGCCAGAUAUAUUUGACUUCAUUGAAAAGCACAACUUACAGGAUUCCAUUCGUGAAAAGGUGGUCCAGCUGAUGAUGCUAGAUUGUAAGCAUGCAGUUUCCUUGUUGAUUCAAAACAGGGACGUAAUAACACCAUCUGAAGUUGUUUCACAACUCUUGAGUGCCAACAAUAAGUGUGAUUCAAGAUAUUUCUUGCAUUUGUAUCUGCAUUCACUAUUUGAAAUGAACCCACAUGCUGGAAAGGAUUUUCACGAUACACAGGUUGAGCUUUAUGCUGACUAUGAUCCAAAGAUGCUACUUCCUUUUCUUCGCAGUAGUCAGCAUUAUACACUUGAGAAGGCAUAUGAAAUUUGUGUAAGACGAGAUCUUUUAAAGGAGCAAGUAUUCAUCCUUGGAAGAAUGGGGAACUCAAGACUAGCUCUUGCUGUCAUCAUAAAUAAAUUAGGAGAUAUUCAAGAGGCUGUAGAGUUUGUGAGUAUGCAACAUGAUGACGACCUUUGGGAAGAAUUGAUUAAGCAAUGCCUUAAUAAACCUGAAAUGGUUGGAGUCUUGUUGGAACACACAGUUGGGAAUCUUGAUCCUCUCUAUAUUGUAAACAUGUUGCCCAAUGGCCUGGAGAUACCUCGGCUCAGGGAUCGUUUAGUCAAAAUUAUUACCGAUUACAGAACAGAAACGUCUCUUAGAAAUGGGUGUAAUGACAUUCUCAAGGCUGAUUGUGUUAACCUAUUGGUUAAAUACUACAAAGAAGCAAGACGUGCAGUUUGCUUGAGCAAUGAAGAAGAUGAUUCUCGAUCAAAAAGGGAUGGGGGUAGGACUUCUCAGGCAACAGAGAAAGCACCUAGCAUGAGAACCAUGGAGGUGAAGUCAAAAACCAGGGGAGGUGCAAGAUGUUGCAUGUGUUUUGAUCCUUUCUCUAUACAAAAUGUAUCAGUCAUUGUGUUCUUUUGCUGUCAUGCUUAUCACACUACUUGCCUUAUGGAUGCUGCUUAUACUAGCAACAACAAUGGCAAGAAAGGUGCUGGAGCCACUUCUCGUCAGCUAGAGUUAAACUAUGCAUAUGAUAAUGGUGCUGAGGACGAAGAAGAAGAAGAUGAAGAUGAAGAUGAGGAUAACCAUUCAGGCAGGACUCGUAUGCGAUGUAUCUUAUGUACUACAGCUUCAAGUUAAGUUCUUGAGUUUUCAAUGCGGCUUCUUUGUGUGCAUGUGCGAGGUGUGUGUGCAGGCAUGCGUUUAACCUGAAUCCGUUCUCCUUUUCUUUUCCAUUUACAAUGUUUUUUCAUUCUGGGCUGAGGUUGUUUCCCAGCCUCAUUUAGUUUUGCUUCAUCUUUUUAGCAUCUCAUGAUAGGUUGAAUUGUACUAGCAAGUAUUGAUCUGGGGUCUUUUGCCCCAUCUCUUAAAUGUCGUGCUUCAAAUGGUGGCAACUUUUGUAUUAUAGUCUAUGUAAUUAUCACCAAAAGCAUAAUCAAUUUUUUGAGAGGAA